AUGAAACGAAGCACUUCAUCUAUUUUUAUCUUGGCCAUGUUGCUAUUCUACUGUUCAAGACUCAAUGAUUGCAGCAAAAUUAGCGAUAUGGGCGUCUCAGGGAAAACAAAUGAAUCGGGGUCAUUACUCUUGAUAUCGUACUUUAUUCAUUGGAGAGUGCUGCCAAUGACGAUCGAAUUCUGCCGGAGUCUUGAAGUAAAUGUUAUGAACAGAGGAGGGUAUAAUUGGGUGCUAUGCCGUCGAAGCUCUCAAUGGACAUAUCAAAGCCGAUGGCUACCUUACAGUACGGUCCACGUACCUUAA